AUGACCACCACCCGAAGAGCCAGAGGGGUGCUCUUCCAACAGAACAACGGGGAGGCUUGCAUCCAGAGCAUCAAGUGCAAGAGCAGGUGCUGCCGGCGGGACCCCUACAACUGCGAGUCGCACUGCAUCGACAAGGGGUCUGAGGACGACUGGUGCCACACGCAGGUGGCUGGGCUGGGGUGGAAAUGGGGGCUGCCGCUCAGACCUGAGGGCAGAGCAGCAGCCAGGGUCAAGGUCAAAUCUUGCCUUUCCCAGACGUUCCUCGGCCUGUAUAACGAGUGUCCCUGCCUGCCGGACCUGACUUGUAUAUUUCCGAAGAAUGUGAAAAUCUUUAAAGUUACCUACGGCCGUUGUAAGAAAAUUGUUGUAAAAAAGAAGUUAACUAAGAGAGGUUUUUUCUAAUGUGCCCUCUUCCGUGUCUCCUGCCCC